CGUAGGAGCUGUGGUUUCUGGGCCCCCCCAGGAACAGCAACACACGCCAGCCUAAAUCGCGCGUGCCCACCUCAGGCGGAUGUUCGCUGGGUGGCGAAUGCGUGCCUGGGACCUGCGGGGGCAUUAGAGGGCCCCGGGCCUUGGUGCAGAGAAGCUCUAGGGGCUUGGAGAACGAGUCUAGACUUCGUAUUUACCAAGAUAACUUGAAAAUGAGCAGCCGACGGAAACGUGCUCCUCCAGUGAGGGUAGAUGAGGAGAAGCAACAGCAGCUUCGUUGGAAUAUGCAUGAGGACAGAAGGAAUGAACCUCUCACCUUAACUGAUGACGAGCAGUGCUGCCCAGGCUUGGACUCCUCUUCUGCUCACUGCAUCAUCCUAGAUGAUAGUCUAAAGGAAGAAGUGGCUCACAAAGAUAAGAAGAGGUGUUCAGAAGUGGUGAGCGUCUCAAAAUCAGUUGAAGAAGAGACUGGUGGCAUUUUUUCCCCUUUGUCUCUAAAGCUGAAUAUUGUGAUUUCUCCCUAUCACUUUGAUAAUUCUUGGAAAGCAUUUCUAGGGGAAUUAACUCUUCAGCUUCUUCCUGAACAGAGUUUAAUUGAAAAUUUUUCUGAAAGGAGUUUUACACUGAUGAGUUCAGAGUCGAGCUAUCAGUUUGUGAUCUAUGUUCAUUCAGAAUGCGAAGAUGUAGAGAAAAAAGAAAGAGGACUCAACGAGCCAAUCAGUAUUUGUGACAAAGGUAUUCAAGUGGAAUCAUCCUUCAGUGGUGAAAUGUUAGAAGAUUUGGGGUGGCUGCAAAAGAAGAAAAGAAUAAAACUUUACCAAAAACCAGAAGGAAAUCACAUUAUCAAGGUUGGAAUUUAUCUUUUGGAAGGUGGCCUAGCAAAACUAGAUUUUCUGAGUGAUGCAAACUCAAGAAUGAAAAAGUUCAAUCAACUCAUGAAGAGAGUGAUGGAAAAGUUAUACAAUUUUAUUAUUCCAGAUGUGUUGGAAGAGGAUGAGGAAGAUUCAGAGAGUGAGCCAGAGGGACAGGACAUUGAUGAGCUCUAUCACUUUGUGAAGCGAACACAUCAGCAAGAAACUCCGUCCAUCCAAGUGGAUGUCCAGCAUCCUGCACUGACUCCUGUGUUGAGACCAUACCAAAGAGAGGCUGUCAAUUGGAUGCUACAACAAGAGCAUUUCAAAAGCACCCCUGCUAGUGAAAAUGCCCUGCACUUCCUAUGGCGAGAAAUUGUUACAUCUGAGGGUUUGAAACUCUACUACAAUCCAUAUACAGGCUGCAUCAUCCGUGAGUACCCAAAUGCUGGGCCACAGUUGCUUGGUGGAAUCUUAGCAGAUGAGAUGGGUCUCGGAAAGACAGUAGAGGUUUUGGCUCUGAUUCUGACACAUACUCGACAAGAUGUCAAACAAGAUGCUCUCACUCUUCCUGAGGGAAAAGUGGUGAAUUAUUUCAUUCCAUCACAUUAUUCUGGAGGAAAUGUAAAAAACACAGAAACCCAGAAUAUGGAAUUUGAACCAAAAGAAAAAGUUCAGUGCCCCCCUACACGUGUGAUGAUCCUGACAGCUGUUAAAGAAAUGAAUGGAAAAAAAGGAGUUUCCAUUCUUUCCAUCUACAAGUAUGUCAGUUCUAUAUAUAGAUAUGAUGUUCAGCGGAACAGGAGUCUUCUGAAAAGGAUGCUGAAAUGUUUAAUUUUUGAAGGUCUUGUGAAACAGAUCAAAGGCCAUGGUUUUUCUGGUACUUUUACACUGGGAAAGAAUUACAAGGAAGAGGAUAUACAUGAUAAAACAAAAAAGCAGGCUGUGGGGAGUCCAAGGAAAAUUCAGAAAGAAUCCAGAAAACCAGGGAGCAAGGACACAGAUUCUGAAUACUUGCCAUCAAACACCUCUGAUGAUGAUGAUGAUCCUUACUAUUAUUACUAUAAGGCCAGGAGAAAUCGUAGUAAAUUGAGGAAAAAGCCUGUUCCAUCCACAAAAAAGGAAAAAAGUCAGCUUAACAUCAAUCUGAACUCACAGGAUCACUAUCCAGCUACCGGUGACUCUGCAGUUACUGAUGUUACCACAUCUGAAAGUACAUGUGUCUUUGAAGUCAAGCAAAAACAUGCAGCAAAGGACCAAGCUGAAUCUCUAAAUCCUGUUGGUCAUGACAUGCCACAUUCUAAUACCAUGGGUCCCUAUAAUUCCUCCGAUUAUCACUUUGAGUGCAUAUGUGGUGAAGUUGACCAGGUAGACCAUAAGCCUCGUGUUCAGUGCCUGAAAUGCCACUUGUGGCAGCACGCAAAAUGUGUGAAUUAUGAAGAGAAGAAUCUGAAGAUUAAACCUUUCUACUGCCCCCACUGCCUUGUUGCGAUGGAGCCAGUAUCAACAAGAGCAACUCUGAUCAUCUCCCCUAGUUCCAUCUGUCAUCAAUGGGUGGAUGAAAUCAACAGACAUGUGAGGUCAUCAUCUCUUCGGGUCUUGGUAUAUCAAGGAGUGAAGAAAGAUGGUUUUUUACAGCCUCAUUUUUUGGCGGAACAGGAUAUAGUCAUCAUUACUUACGAUGUCCUUCGUUCAGAACUAAACUAUGUAGAUAUCCCACACAGCAAUAGUGAGGAUGGGCGUCGCUUAAGGAACCAGAAGCGCUAUAUGGCCAUUCCCAGCCCCCUCGUUGCUGUGGAGUGGUGGAGGAUUUGCCUUGAUGAAGCUCAGAUGGUUGAAUGUCCUACUGUAAAAGCUGCAGAAAUGGCUCAGCGCUUAAGUGGGAUUAACCGCUGGUGCAUCAGUGGCACUCCAGUACAGAGAGGAUUGGAGGAUCUUUUUGGGUUAGUGGUCUUUCUUGGUAUUGAACCUUACUGUGUCAAACACUGGUGGGUUCGACUUCUCUAUCGUCCUUACUGCAAGAAGAAUCCUCAGCUCCUCUACAGCUUUAUUGCCAAGAUACUGUGGAGGUCUGCAAAGAAAGAUGUGAUUGACCAAAUCCAGAUACCCCCUCAGACAGAAGAAAUCCACUGGCUCCACUUUUCUCCAGUGGAAAGACAUUUCUAUCACCGUCAACAUGAAGUGUGCUGCCAGGAUGCAGUAGUAAAACUCAGGAAGAUUUCUGACUGGGCUUUGAAGCUCAGCAGCCUGGACAGAAGGACUGUCACCUCCAUCCUGUAUCCAUUGCUGAGGCUCAGGCAGGCCUGCUGCCACCCACAGGCUGUUCGUGGGGAGUUCUUGCCACUCCAGAAAAGCACCAUGACAAUGGAGGAACUGCUGACAUCUCUGCAGAAGAAAUGUGGAACUGAAUGUGAAGAAGCACAUCGGCAGCUAGUUUGUGCCCUCAAUGGCUUAGCAGGCAUCCACAUCAUUAAAGGUGAGUAUGCCUUGGCAGCAGAACUGUACAGAGAAGUGCUGCGUUCAUCUGAGGAGCACAAGGGAAAGCUCAAAACUGAUUCACUGCAAAGACUGCAUGCUACCCAUAACCUGAUGGAAUUGUUGAUAGCCAAGCACCCAGGGAUACCUCCUACCCUGAGAGAUAGCACACUUGAGGAAGAGGCCAAACAGCUGCGAGAGCAUUAUAUGAGCAAGUGUAAUACAGAGGUUGCUGAAGCGCAACAAGCUUUGCUGCCGGUGCAGCAGAACAUACGUGACCUCCAGAGAAAGAUUUAUUCUAAUUCUCCUUGGUGGCUGAAUGUGAUACACAGAGCAAUGGAAUUUGGUAUUGAAGAGGAACUUGUUCAAAGAGUGCGAAAUGAAAUAACCAGCAACUACAAGCAACAAACUGGCAAGCUUUCUAUGUCAGAGAAGUUCCAUGACUGCAGAGGUCUUCAGUUCUUACUUACAACACGUAUGGAAGAGCUAAGUAAGUUCCAGAAGCAAGUAAGAGAUGCUGUAAAAAAUCUGGAGGGACCUCCAUCUCGUCAUGUUAUUGAGUCUGCAACAAUCUGCCACCUCCGGCCAAUCAGGCUUCCCCUCAAUUGCUGUGUCUUUUGUAAGGCUGAUGAAUUGUUCACAGAGUAUGAAUCGAAGCUAUUUUCUCACACAGUCAAAGGCCAGACUGCAAUAUUUGAGGAGAUGAUAGAAGAUGAAGAAGGACUGGUGGAUGAUCGAAUACCUACCACCAACCGGGGUCUGUGGGCAGUAAGUGAGACAGAGCGAUCCAUGAAAGCUCUGCUAUCGUUUGGAAAAUCACAUAGAUUUGAUGUUGAAUUCAUUGAUGAGGGAAGUGCUUCAAUGGAUCUCUUUGAAGCUUGGAAGAAAGAAUAUAAGUUGCUUCAUGAAUAUUGGAUGGCUCUGAGGAAUCGUGUGUCUGCUGUUGAUGAACUUGCAAUGGCUACAGAACGACUAAGAGUACGUGAUCCUAGGGAGCCAAAGCCCAAUCCACCAGUUCCUCAUAUCAUUGAACCACAUGAGGUAGAACAAAAUCGUAUAAAACUACUAAAUGAUAAAGCUGUUGCUACAUCACAGCUUCAGAAAAAACUUGGGCAGCUUCUUUACCUAACUAACUUGGAGAAGUCUCAGGACAAAACAUCAGGAGGUAUUAAUCCAGAACCUUGUCCAAUCUGUGCUCGGCAACUGGGAAAACAGUGGGCAGUACUGACCUGUGGGCACUGUUUCUGUAAUGAAUGCGUUUCAAUUAUUAUCGAACAGUACAGCGUGGGGUCUCACAGACGCUCCAUUAAGUGUGCCAUCUGCCGCCAGACCACAUCUCAUAAAGAAAUCUCGUAUGUCUUCACCUCAGAGAAAGCCAGCCAGGAAGAGGACAUCCCUGUGAAGGGCAGCCAUUCUACAAAAGUGGAAGCUGUGGUCAGAACUCUGAUGAGAAUCCAGCUGAGAGAUCCAGGGGCUAAAGCACUUGUUUUCUCAACGUGGCAAGAUGUAUUAGACAUUAUUUCAAAAGCUCUCACUGAUAACAGCAUGGAAUUUGCACAGAUCAGUCGUGUUAAGACAUUUCAGGAGAACCUUUCAGCAUUUAAACAUGAUCCCCAAAUCAAUAUUUUGCUGCUGCCCCUGCACACAGGUUCUAAUGGAUUAACUAUCAUCGAAGCAACUCAUGUUCUCUUGGUGGAGCCCAUAUUGAACCCUGCCCAUGAGCUUCAGGCCAUAGGAAGGGUGCACCGGAUUGGACAAACAAAACCCACUAUUGUACACAGAUUCUUAAUUAAAGCAACAAUAGAAGAAAGAAUGCAAGCAAUGCUGAAAACUGCCGAGAGGAGUCACACAAACCCAUCAGCGAAACAUUCCGAGGCCUCUGUCUUGACCGUGGCUGAUCUGGCAGACCUAUUUACCAAAGAAACUGAAGACCUCGAAUGAAGUACACUUGAUUCAAUCCGCAGACUUUAAUGUGUUUUAAAUUUUUCAUAGUUUAUAGAAUAAAGUUAUAAGUUAAACAAUCCAAUAGAUGUCAGUAAACAGUGUUCUUAGUUGAAUGAAUUUAUUUCUUUUUCAGUUGUACAGUGUCCUAGUAGUUAUUGAGUCCUUUCCAAUAUACUGUUUCCACAAUAGCCUAUAAAGAUUUUUAAUUUUACACUCCCAAUAAAAUAUUUAUUUUUGUUCCAAGGAGUACCUCUAUCUGAGGGAAUUAAGAGAGGUAAUGUGUACUUUUCUUUUGGUAAGAUCAGUCUUAAAAAGAGUUAGAAUAACAGAGUAAGUCAACUAGUCUAGUUGUACAUGACCUGGUAUACUCUACCAACUAGAUCUCAAUUUUGAAAGAGCCUUCAGUAUCUUUAGCACAUGAUUCACCAAUAUCUUAUUAGUGAUAUUUUUAAAAGAUGGUGAAUUAUGUUAGCUCCUAGUUCUUUGAGUAGAUAUAGACUGUAACUCCAUAAAUAGUAACUUUAGAGUAAUGCAACUCCUAACAAUAAGUUAAUAUUAGGCAAUUAUUUCUUUUCUCUGUAUCUUGCCACUAA